AUGACGACAAAGACAAAGCAGCGAACCCGCGUCCCAGUCCGCACCCUACCAUCCCACAUCCCCGCAGUCCCUCCCCUCGACGGCGAAGAAAACAUCAACGCCGCAAAGGAAGCAGCUUCCUUCCUCAACAUCUUCUCCUCCGCCAUCCGCGAGGGCGAUUGGGACGCCUUUGGAAACCUUUUUGCCGAAAAGUGCUUCUGGAGAGACCACUUGACUCUCACCUUUGACAAGCGAACGAUCCAUACACGGGACGAUGUCGUUGCAGCGUGGAAGACUCUCUCCAAAACACGGCGGCCCUUGGCCUUCUCGAGUGACAAGGACAAGGACAUGGAUAUGGACGCCGUAUGGGCGCGUCUGGGCCCCGUGUUCGCGACGCUAGACGUGCCGUUCAGUUUCCGUACCGAGGCGCCGGCGUCAAAGUGCAUCGGCCUCGCCAAACUCAUCCCCGGGCCGGAUAACAAAGGCUGGCAGAUCUGCGUCCUGACAACAGCCGUAGUCGAACUCGAAGAGAAACCCUUUGGCACUCUUCCCCGAACAAGCCCAUCCCUAAUCGAGCCUUCUCAGCGCGGCAACCCCCACGCACAAGGUCUCCCCCGCCUCGACGGCAACGCAGUCCUGGACGCCGUCGUCGUAGGCGGAAGCUGCACCGGUAUCGCCAACGCAAUCCAGCUCGACGCCGCGGGCGCAAACGUAGCCGUCUUCGACGCCGAGCCUCAGGCGGGCGGGAACUGGUCGACGAAGCGGUACGAGAACGUCACGCUCCACCACCCCGCUUUCAUGAUCCAGCUGCCGCGGUUCCCGGUGCCCGAGGGGUAUCCCAAAUAUCUCAAGGGUACGGAUCUCACGCGGUACUUUUCGUCGGCGGUUGAGGAGCUCGGGUUGCCUUUCUUCGGCGGGGUCGCUGUGACGAAGAACACCUGGAGCGAAGAGGAGAAGGUCUGGACGGUGGAGGUCAGGGACGUGAAGACGGGGGAGGAGAUGACGCUCAAGGCGAAGAAUCUACUCCUUGCCAACGGCUUCCUCGUCGGCAACGAUAACCCCCGCGUCCCGAAGCUGAAAGGCAGGGAACUCUUCACGGGACCGGUGCAGCAUACGUCAGAGUACCGCAACCCGGCAGACUACAAAGGCAAACGCGUCCUCAUAGUCGGGGUAGGUAACUCGGCGCACGAUGUCGCAGGCAACCUCGCUUCAGACCCGGACGUCAAAAGCGUUACGAUACUCCAGCGCAGCCCGACGGUGCUCCUCGACUUCGCGACGGUGGCGCCGAUCCUUAUGAUGCGGUACCAGGGCGACAUACCCGUCGACACGGCGGAUUUCCUGCAGGAGUCGCUGCCGGUCGGGAUCAUGCGGGACAUGGCGCGCGGGGCGAUCGGGAUGGCGAUCGCGGGGGCGGAGGAUAGGAGUCUGGCGCUCGAGGGGCUGGGGUACGCUGUUGAGCGGGAUACGUGUUUGAUGACCAAGGUGUUUGAGGAGCGAGGCAGCUCGUUCUACGUUGACCAGCCGGGGACGUUUGAUCUCGUGUUUGGGGGGCGGAUUCAGAUUGCGAGGGGCGAUGCUGUUGGGUUCGUGGAGGAUGGUGUCGUGGUGAGGGAUAGGGAGACGGGGAACGAGAGGGUUGUUGAGGCGGAUGGGGUGGUGCUGGCGACCGGGUAUGAGGUUGUGGAUUUGCCUGCCAGGUGGAAGAGGAGUGGGUUCGUUGAUGAGGAGACGGCGGGCAAGUUGGUGAAUGUGAGUGCUUUUGGGGUGGAUGAGGAGGGCGAGGUUCCUGGGCUUACAACGUUUUCUGGCCAUUCGAAUCUCUACUUUGCCGGCAUGGCCAUUUCUCAGUGCCGAACCAGCUCCAGAUACACGGCCGUUCAGGUGCUAGCUGAUAUCAUUGGACAAUUUCCGGAGAGAUAUAAUCGUAGCUACUUGAACAACAACUUCCCCUCACCUUGUGACUGGUUCAAACGUGUCAACCUUUCACCUCACUACACUCUGGUUUUGGGACUCGGAUUGCAAGCCUACACUCCAGAAACAUCAAGGAAAAUGACUGCGAAAUCGCCGCCAAAAGUCGAGCGGACGACCAUCGCGGGGUCAAUCGAGAUACCCCGCAUCCUAAAUGGCCUCUGGCAACUCGCCGGCGGGCACGACCAGGAUAUUAACGUCGCGGCAGCAGCAGACGCGAUGAAGCCCUUGUACGACAUGCAUCCUCAAAUUCAACUGUACGGAAGCUUACUGACAUCCUUUGGCAGAAUCCAAGCUGGCCUCGAUGGCUUCGACAUGGCAGACCACUACGGCCCCGCAGAGCUCGUCAUCGGCCACCACAACCACAAUGACAACUACACUUUACCCCCCAUCACGGCCUUUACAAAAUGGUGUCCCGCUGAGACAGGCGACAAGUCCUUCAAGACAGCAGAGGCAGCCGUCGAUCUCGCCCUCACAAGAAUGGGCCAGAAGCAGAUCGCGCUGAUGCAGUACCAUAUUUGGGACUACACCGACGACACGUACCUCUACAACCUAUCUCACCUGCGCACUCUCCAACAACGGGGCAAAAUUGCACAUAUAGGACUCACCAACGUCGACGCGGCACAUUUAGAGCUUCUCCUUCACUCUGGCCACGAAAUCGCCACGAACCAGGUCUCGUGCUCCGUUAUCGAUCGCCGGUUGACGAGGGGCCGGAUGGCGGGGGUUUGUGAGCGGCACGGGGUUGGUGUCUUGACGUAUGGGACAUUACUUGGAGGCUUUCUGAGUGAGAAGUGGGUUGGCAAGCCGGAGCCUAAGGAUGACGGGCAGGGGAUGAAUUGGAGUCUGAGAAAGUAUCUUCGCUUCAUACACGCCGCGGGAGGCUGGGACGCCUUUCAGCGUGCUUUGAGCGCCGUUGCCGAUAUCGCGAAGAAGCAUGGCGUUUCUGUUGCGGCGGUGGCGGUGAGGUGGGUGCUUGAUAUACCUGUCGUGAAAGCAGUCAUCAUCGGGGGGAGGUUGACUUCCGAGAGCGGGAAGUACGCCGAGGCGAACCUCGCGGCGUUUGGGUUCUCACUGGAUGAAGAAGACAGGAGAAAGAUUGAGGCUGCGCAGGAAGGGUUGGAGGAUAUACCGGGUGAUUGCGGUGACGAGUACAGGAGGCCACCGUUCUUGACGGCUUUGGGGGAUUUGAGCCAUCAUCACCUUCCGAGGAAGAACGAGCUGGACGAGGUGGAAAAGGCUAUUGCUAGGGGGGAGAGGGUUGAAUUCCGCUCUGGCGGGAAGUGGGAGCCCGUUGCUGGGUACUCGCGUGCCGUGAGAUUUGGGAGCGUGUUACGGGUGUCUGGGACGACGGCGAACCCGCCACCUGAGCUCCAGCCUGGGCUUGCUGCGGUGGUUGGAGGAGUUUCUGCUCGGGCUCAGGCGGUGGCAGCGCUGGAUAUUAUCGAAGGAAGCCUUAAGCGGUUGGGAGGGAGCAUGGCGGAUGUGGUGCGGACGAGGGUGAUGCUCCGGCGGGAAGAGGAUGUUUUGGAGGUAUCAGAGGCCCAUGGAUGGGCUUUCAAGUGUCAUGGGAUUCGGCCGGCUAAUACUACGAUCACGGCUGGACUGAUUGGGGAUGAGGUGCUUGUGGAAAUUGAAGUUGAGGCGGAGGUCGGUAGUGGCAAAUCUGUCUUGGUGAUUGGAGAGGAUCGUAGAGCUCUUUGA